CCAAUCAUCAACACGCAGAAUAUCGUCGACCUGGCACCGCAUUAUCCUCCCCUCUUCAGCCUGCAACACAAAACCAGCGCAGACAGCAGCCCCGUCGUCGCUCACUUUUGCGUGCACAGGUGAACAAUUUAUUUGGAUUCAGCAUCAUUUAACUCUAAGCUUAACUUGUCCGACCGAACGGACUUCCAAGUCGAAGGCGAUUUUCAGGCUUCUCGGGCCUAGACGAGUUUGCUAUCCCCGCUGCCAGCUGGGAGACCCGGUCUACAAACUCGGAUCUUCUCCCCCACUACCGGAUGGAAUGGCCCGAGAGUUCGAAACCCGAGGAAGUGAAGCACCCAAAGGAGGUCGAGGAAGAGGAGAAAUUUAAGGUUGGUCUGCAGUCAGGACGGCUUAAGCCGCCGCCGCAGAUGAGUGUUCCAGUGAUUGACAAUGCAUCCUCGACAUGGGACAUUAUGAGGGGCUUAGGGCCCGAAGGUCAAACUUCUCAUGAAGAAGUAGAAGAAGAGGAUAAUUUGAUUACUUCUGAUGAUGAAGAAGAUCAUAUUUCGAUUAAAGAGAUUGUAUCGAGCUCCGGGUAUUCUUCUACUACUUGGAAUGACGAUGACUCUUCUAGCACUACCACAGACCCCUCCACUAUUUCUUCUUGGGAAAAGGAAACCUCUCGCGGGUAUUUACCCCUGUAUGAAGGAAUUUCCGACAGUAAGGUAACUAAAACGAUGGAUCCCCUGAAGACCCGACAGAAGCCAAAGUUCGUUAGGUGCAAUGCGCUGAAGCACAUUGACUAUGAUGCUGUUACAUCUUCUUCCUCCUCGCUCUGCCACCACUCUGCGGGGUCACCACUCUACUCAGGCUCGGUCAAUAUUUCAGACCGGACGAGCUUCCAAGUAGAAGAAAACGACGGUGAGUUAGAACAGAUAUGCAAGGAGUUGGGAUUCUCCUGCCCUGAGUCCUUGGAGUUCCACUCGACGAACUCGGAAUUGAAGCUAAAGGAGAACUGCAAUCGCAAAGAAAUGGAAGAAGUAGAAAUUGAUAAAAGAGCUGAUGAAGAAACUAAUUUGAGAGCAGAAGAAAACUUCAAAUUACCAGGAGUAUUACAUAAUAGCGCUUCUUCUUUUAUGCAUCCAGAACUGUUGGCAAUUGAGCCCGACUCGUUCAUUCCAUUACAAACCUCUGGUGUCUCUCUGCGCUUGAUCGGACAACUUCCUCGUAAUUUUUUGUUGAACUUCAAGUUCUUGACUGCCUUGCAUCUUAGUCGAAAGCUGGAUUUUGAUUUGCCAAGUUCAAUUGGGGAUGUAAAAUCCUUACAAUGUCUUGAUGUCUCAUAUACACCAAUCUCAUGGUUGCCCGAAUCCAUAGGUUUACUUCAAAAGUUACAGACCCUAAAACUCAGAAGUUGUAGAAACCUCGUUCAGUUGCCUGAAUCAAUUACUUCUCUUGAUGAGUUACAGACCUUACAUCUCAGAGCUUGUGUCAACCUUAUUGCUUUACCUAAGGGAAUAAAGGUACUAAUAAAGCUGCGUGAUCUUGAUGUUAUUAACUGUCCGAAAUUGAAACUUUCAGGGGAGCCAAAUGAGAAGCUGAUUUCUUCAGAAAUAAAUUUGUCAGAGUCAUUGGAAUUGAAGGAAAGCUAUGCAAAUUUGCAAGAAAAGGUUGUGCAUGAAGAUGAAGAAUAUGACAGUUUACCCAAACAAUUAAAAAGGUUAUGUCUGUAUUGUUCUCUCUUUCCAUCACAUUAUGAGUUUAGAAGAGAUGAGUUGGUUCAAAUGUGGAUAGCUGAAGGCCUUAUUGAAGAGAUCCACGGAGGGGUAAUGGAGGACAUUGGUGGUGAGUAUUUCAUGUCUUUGCGGAACAAAAGUUUUCUUGUGCCUUCAAGAUGUGACUACAGAUUGGAUUUUGAUUCGGUAUUUUCUGUGCCCAUUUAUAAUCCUGGCCACUUAUUGUAUAAAGGAAAUCCACUCAAGCUUUCACGUUUGGGAAGGACAAUUGCUCCGUUUGAGUAUUUCGUAGCUGUGGAUGGUAGGUUGGAUGGUGCCUUGGAAAUGACACAGCAUUUGUCUUUAAUUUGCAAAGACAUUGAUGAGAUGACUUUUGGGGUUCUUAAAAAAUUUAAGCAUUUGCGUACACUUCUUGUGCUUGCUGGUUGUGGAUCUUCCAUCAAAUAUGUUCCUCGUGAUCUGUUUUUGAGCUUCAGGGAAUUGAGAACACUGAAUUUGAGUCAAACACUCGUCUCUGAAUUGCCAAGUUCCAUUCGAAAUGCAAAGUCAUUACGAUACCUUGAUCUCUCCAAUACUCUUAUUACAAGGUUGCCGGAAUCAAUAGAUUCUCUUCACACUUUACAGACAGUAAGACUCAGAGGUUGUGUACACUUUCUUCAAUUGCCAAAGGGGAUGAAGAAGCUAAUCAAUCUACGACAUAUCGAUUUGGAUAUCAUUCGACAGUUAAGGUCCAUGCCUCCCCAUUUGGGAAGCUUAACCAACCUUCAGACUUUGUCAGCAUUUCUUGUUGGUCGAGAUGCUGGGUGCCGUGUAGGAGAGCUUAAGAAUUUGAAUGAUCUCAGAGGAGUACUUCGCAUUUCAAGGCUUGAAAAUGUGUCAUGCCAGGAAGAGGCUAAGGAAGCUGCUUUGAUCGAAAAGAUAUACCUGCAAAGGUUGGAGCUCCGCUGGAGUAGUGUGUUCGCCGAGAAUACGGAAGAGCAAGAGAAAAUUCUUGAAUGUCUUCAACCUCAUGCUGGCCUUAAAGAGCUACAAAUACAACAAUAUGCCGGGUCAAGACUUCCAACUUGGAUUAGCAAUCCAUGUUUUACUGAACUUAUUGUUCUUACUCUCUACAGAUGCAAACACUGUGAGCUUCUCCCAUCUAUUGGGCAGUUACCAAUGCUAAAGUCUCUUUCUAUUAUAGAAAUGAAUGAGGUGAAAGAAAUCAACUACCAGUUUUUGGGAAAGAAAAACCCAGUUGAUCAAGGGUUUCAUGCAUUUUCGAAACUGGAGAUACUAGAAGUUGACAUCAUGCUCAAUUUGAAACUGUGGAAGGAUGUAAACAUUGGUGACUUACCUUCCUUACUUAAACUCACAGUUGAUUCUUGCCCUGAACUUACCACUCUUCCAUCACUGUCUUGGCUCAAAUCCCUCAAGCAUUUGGAACUCAGGCGCUGUCCAAAAAUUCUGACCUGGCCUUGUGAUGGACUACCAGCAUCACUUGAAUCUUUCAUAGUAAUAGAUUGCCCGGAACUGAAAGAAUGGUGCCGCGUGAUGGAAGGUGAAGAUUGGAGGAAGAAAUGCCAUCUCCCUAGCAUAUGGCUUGAUUGUGAAGAGGUAUCCAAGUCCCAGAAUAUGGAAUAAGAUGAUGAGCAUCAGCUCUCUAAACCAGCUUCACUACAGAUAUCCUCGUUCUAUGUUGACUCCUUUUGCAAUUUGUGUUUCCUCUCUGUUAUGGUGGUCUCAUUGUGACUUCUGCAAUCGAGUCAUCAGUUCUGCAUUUAGUUGUGCCAGUCUGUUGAAUGUUUUCUUUAUGCUCUGGUAAAAUGAUUCAAAUCUGCCUGAUCAUGAGUUGAA